AUGCAAAAGAACGAUUACGGUUUUGCUGGCGAUGAAAAAGUGAAGAAAAUCGAUAAUGAACACUAUGAUGAGGCAAUUGAAUUGAAGGAUGAUGAAGAAGAAGAAAUAGUUAGUGGUGAAGAAGACGAAGAAUAAUAUUAAGCUGGAGCUAGAGGACCCCAAUAAGCUGCAUAAAGUGCUGGAUUUCAAGAUGGAAAAGUUCCUUUGCCUGCAGGAGCUUACAAUCCAAAUGAUUAUUCAAAUUUAUAAGUAGGUGCAGAAGUCAAAUAAUUGUUUGAAUACAUCGCUAGAUACAAAGCUCCUUAAAUGGUUUUGGAUGCAAAAUUAAAACCAUUCAUACCAGAUUAUGUACCUGCCAUCGGUGAAGUAGAUGCAUUCAUCAAGAUGCCCAGACCUGAUGGACAACCAGAGACACUCGGUUUAGUUACAUUAGAUGAACCUGCUCUUAAUCAAUCCAAAAAGGCCAAAUUGGAUCUGUUGAUGAGAGAAUAUGUUAAGGUAGCAAAUAGAGGCAAAAACACGACCAUUCAUGCUAUUGAAAAUGCAGAUAAAAAUCCAAAGGAAAUUACUGCAUGGAUUAAUGAUGUGGCAGAAAUACAUAAAAAAAAGUAACCUCCUUCAGUUUCCUAUUCAAAAAUUAUGCCUGAUAUAGAAGAAUUAAUGUAGGUGUGGCCACAAGAGAUUGAAGACCUAUUUUAAAGCACACAAUUACCAGGGGACAAUAUUGACAUGGGUUUAUAAGAAUAUUGCUAAUUCUCAUGCAAUUUAUUAGACAUUCCUGUUCAUACAAUUAAUAACAAUAGAAAUAUCAUAGAGUCUUUACAUGUUUUAUUCACAUUGUUUUCAGAAUUCAAAACCAAUUAACAUUUCAGACAAAACAAUGAUGAAAUUUAAUGA